AUGUCAGAUAACGAACAAUCCCCCGGUGCUGCUGGAAACCAAGAGGAUCAGCCAAAAUCCGAGCAUCUCAACAUCAAAGUUACGGAUAACAACAACGAAGUCUUCUUCAAGAUCAAGCGCACAACUCAGCUCAAUAAACUCAUGACAGCUUUCUGUGAGCGCCAGGGCAAAGCGAUGGCGAGUGUGCGCUUUCUCUUUGAAGGAACAAGAGUAAAUGCCAACGACACGCCCCACUCGCUUGACAUGGACGACGGUGACACGCUGGAGGUACACCAGGAACAAAUUGGCGGCGAAAACUAG